ACCAGAAAAAGUAGUUAGAUUUGUCGCUAGUCGCUUUUUUGAAAACGAGUCGCUAGAGGGGUUUUAAAAACUCGCUAAAUAUAUCGACAAAGUCACUAAGUUGGCAAGACUUAACACAACUAUCAACUUAACAAAAGCCGAGCGGCACAGGGUUAGCCAAUGAAAAGAUUGCUAUUCAAAAAGGCGUGGUUUGCUGGAACUGGGUUGGAUACUGCGUACACGCGAUGAUAGGUUUUGGGCGUGUCAAACGGAUGGUUGGUAAAAUAUAUUACCUGGAACGGAUAAGAUACAUACCCAGCUGUGCAUCACAGAAGUAAAGACCUUUCACCGCACGCCGACCCGACACUCGCAAUGGAGUCUCUGACUGCCGCAAACACCCGCUUCUCCCUGGAUCUCUUUACGAAGAUUAGUAGCGGUAACGAGGGCAAUGUCAUCUUUUCACCGUUCAGCCUUUCCUCCGCCCUGGCCAUGGUGUACUUGGGGGCUCGGGGUGACACGGCCGCUCAGAUGGCGCAGGUACUCCACUCCACUAAAGCGGGGAAACCAAAAUCUGACCAUGGAAUGCUUCAGCAAAAACAAAAGUCUCAGCUUCCAGUGGGGAUGAAGACUGGGACUCAUCAUUUUCACAAAGCUGAGGAAGAUGUUCACGUUGGAUUCAGCCAGCUGUUGUCCAUGCUUAACAAACCUGGGGCCCCUUAUUCACUGAGCAUUGCCAACCGCUUGUAUGGAGACGAGUCUUAUCAGUUUGUUGAGAAAUUCCUUACUGACAGUAAGAAACACUACAAGGCUGAACUGGAGCCUGUUAACUUCCAAUCAGACGCCGAGGCAGCCAGGGUGAACAUUAACACCUGGGUAGAGAAGCAGACAAACGCAAAAAUCAAGAACUUGCUGACUCCAGGAAUGCUUGACCCCUUAACUAGACUUGUGCUGGUAAAUGCCAUCUAUUUCAAGGGUAACUGGCAGAAAAAAUUUGAUCCUGCAAACACAAGGGAAAUGCCCUUUAAAAUGAACAAGAAUCACAGUGUGUCAGUGAUGAUGAUGGAGAAAAAAGCCAAGUUUGGUUUUACCUUCAUUCCAGAGGCCAAGUGUCAGGUUCUGGAGAUGCCCUAUGUUGAUGAAGAGCUCAGCAUGCUCAUCAUGCUACCAAAUGAGGUCAAUGGGCUGGAGGAGCUGGAACAAAAGCUCACAUAUGAGAACUUUACGGACUGGACGAGACCAAACAUGAUGCACGUUCAGGAGGUGAUUGUGUGUUUGCCCAAGUUUAAGUUGGAGGAGACCUAUGAUAUGAAGCAGGUCCUGAGCAGCAUGGGUAUUGUGGACGCCUUUGAUGAACAGAAGUGUGACUUCUCUGGCAUGUCUCCCGAUAACGACCUGGUGCUCUCCAAAGUGGUGCACAAGGCCUUCGUAGAGGUGAAUGAGGAAGGCACAGAGGCGGCCGCUGCCACUGCAGCCAUCAUGAUGCUGCGCUGUGCAGCAAUGAUUCCCCCUCGGUUCAUUGCAGACCACCCCUUCCUGUUCUUCAUCAGGCACAAUCCCACUAAGAGCAUCCUCUUCUAUGGCCGCUUCUGUUCCCCCAAAGCCUGAGCAUUUCUCAGGUGGAACAUGAUGGGUAAAUAUAACAAAGAUAACCGAAUACUGUGUGCUUCGCUGUGAUACUAAAUUACUUUAAAAAUGGCGUUUUUACUCCUGCUUAUCAAAGUGCACCUUAAACAAUUUGAGGACUUUUUCUAUGGACCUUUACAAUGUAUUUUGAACAAAACACCAAAGAUUAUCCUGAAAGUGAGAACAAGUAAAAUCCUUGAAAAUGUUUUAUCAUUAACCAUGUUGAAGACUUUCUCCGUUUUCCUUUUAAUGUAUUUGACCAGCAUACACCAAAUUUUGCCCUUAAACUGAGAACAAGUGCUGUACGAAAAAUGAGUGGAAAUAAAAAUGCAUAUGUAACAUGA